AUGGGGGACAAUGACCUUAUUGGAUUACGUAAUUUAAAAAACAUUAAUCUGGCAUACAAUCCAAUCAAGUUCAUCACGAACAGGGCAUUUCAAAACAACAUUCAUCUCACGUAUGUCGACUUGUCCCAUACGUCACUGACCACCAUACCUUCCAUCGUUGCCAUGUUACCUGCUCUACAAACGUUACGUAUUGAAGCAUACGACAUCGAAUGCACGUGUGAACUGGCCAGCCUGAAGAACUGGAAGGUGUCUGCAAUACAAAUACUAGGACAAUGUUACCCAGCAAACGAAAGGAUUGAUCAGUUUAUCAAGACCUACAUCAACGCUGGUCGGUGCUAG